AUGCCCGGCUGUGCCAAGCUGCACCGGCCCUGGCCUGUCCGUUGCCCCAACCACAACCGACAGUCUCUGGACAUCAGGAAGAAAAGCAAGUCCCCCGUGGCAGAGUCCUUUGACCUUUGCCCGCUCCUUGUGCCCUGCUCGCCCCGCCUGGCCAUGGCCGCGUCCCCGGGCCGGCCCGAGCGCGCGCGCUGGGGCCUGGGCCGCCUGGCCGGCGCGCGGAGGGGCAGCGCGGGCGCGGCCAGGAGGGGCCCCUGCCCGCUGGAGCUGGCCGAGGGCGGCGCGGCCGCCGGCGCCCACUACGCGCCCGUGGCGCCCCCCGCCGCGCGCCCCGCCGCCGCGCCCCCCGAGCGCCCGCCCGCCGGCCCGGACCCGCGCGUGUCCGUGUCCGCCUACGGCGCGCGGCGGCCGCUGCUGGCGCGGACGCACGUCCAGGGCCGCGUGUACAACUUCCUCGAGCGCCCCACGGGCUGGAAGUGCUUCGCCUACCACUUCGCCGUCUUCCUCAUCGUCCUGGUGUGCCUCAUCUUCAGCGUGCUGUCCACCAUCGAGCAGUACGUGGUGCUGGCCACGGGCACUCUCUUCUGGAUGGAGAUCGUCCUGGUGGUCUUCUUCGGCACGGAGUACGUGAUCCGCCUGUGGUCGGCUGGCUGCCGCAGCAAGUACGUGGGGCUCUGGGGCCGGCUGCGUUUCGCCCGGAAGCCCAUCUCCAUCAUCGACCUCAUCGUGGUCGUGGCCUCCAUGGUGGUCCUCUGCGUGGGCUCCAAGGGCCAGGUGUUUGCCACCUCGGCCAUCAGGGGGAUCCGCUUCCUACAGAUCCUCCGGAUGUUGCACGUGGACCGGCAGGGCGGCACGUGGCGGCUCCUGGGCUCCGUGGUCUUCAUACACCGGCAGGAGCUCAUCACCACGCUGUACAUCGGCUUCCUGGGCCUCAUCUUCUCCUCGUACUUUGUGUACCUGGCCGAGAAGGACGCCGUGAACGAGUCGGGCCGCGUGGAGUUCGGCAGCUACGCGGACGCGCUGUGGUGGGGAGUGGUGACGGUCACCACCAUCGGCUACGGGGACAAGGUGCCGCAAACGUGGGUGGGGAAGACCAUCGCCUCCUGCUUCUCCGUCUUCGCCAUCUCCUUCUUCGCGCUGCCCGCGGGCAUCCUGGGCUCGGGCUUCGCGCUGAAGGUGCAGCAGAAGCAGCGGCAGAAACAUUUCAACCGGCAGAUCCCGGCGGCCGCCUCCCUCAUCCAGACGGCCUGGAGGUGCUACGCGGCCGAGAACCCCGACUCGUCCACCUGGAAGAUCUACGUGCGAAAGCAGCACCGCAGUCCCCCUCCGCUGGCGCCCAGCCCCAAGCCCAAGAAGUCUGUCAUGGUGAAGAAGAAGAAGUUCAAACCGGACAAGGACAACGGGCUGAGCCCCGGGGAGAAGGCGCUGGUGGUCCCCCAGAUCACCUGCGAGCCGCCGGCAGAGGGGCGGAGGCCCGUGCACUUCUCCGUGGACGGCUUUGAGACGCCGGUCAGGAAAAUCCCCACCCUGCUGGAGGUGACCUCGGCCCCGUUCCUGCGCAGCAGCAGCUUUGCCGAGGACUUGGACCUGGAGGGGGAGACGCUGCUGACCCCCAUCACCCACGUGUCACAGCUGCGCGAGCAUCACCGAGCCACCAUCAAGGUCAUCCGCCGCAUGCAGUACUUCGUAGCCAAGAAGAGGUUCCAGCAAGCACGGAAACCGUACGACGUGCGCGACGUCAUCGAGCAGUACUCCCAGGGCCACCUCAACCUCAUGGUGCGCAUCAAGGAGCUGCAGAGAAGGCUAGACCAGUCCAUCGGGAAGCCAUCGCUCUUCAUCUCCGUCUCAGAGAAGAGCAAGGACCGCGGGGGCAACAGCAUCGGUGCCCGCCUGACCCGGGUGGAGGACAAGAUGGCUCAGCUGGACCAGAGGCUGGUGCUCAUCACAGAGAUGGUCCACCAGCUGCUGUCUCUGCACCAGGCUGGCCCCCCGGGGGACCGGGACCCCCUGGGGGGCGAGCCCCCAGCGGUCCUGCCCUGCCGUGGCAGCGUUGUCCGCCCCGAGCUCUUCCUGCCCAGCAAUGCCCUCCCCACCUAUGAGCAGCUGACCGUGCCACCCCGGGGUCUGGACCCGGCGUCCUGAUUGGGGACAGAGCGGGCAGGGCUUGGGGGGUCUCGGCAGAGGCCUCCCGGUGCCAGCCACCUCCUCACAGAUCCUCCUCCCGAGGCCCCCGAGGCCCCUGGAAUGGCCACUUCUGGCCAGUGGAGUCCAGCACUCACCUCUCUGUUCCAAGAUUGCAGCCCCACGUGGCCCUGUGAUGACCGGGGUCGUGGCAGGGUCCAGCUCCACCCGUGGCAGGGCCCUGGGGAAGUGCUGUGGGCUUGGGGGGCUCCCGUGGAUCCAGCCGGCACUCCAGGCCCAGGGGCCAGUCCACGUGGGCGGGGCCCCACUGUGACUGGAGAGAGGAGAUGCCGCCCACCCCCCCCAGCGGCAGACCUGGCCUCCUCUCCUAGCCCGGCAGGGAUGCCCUCGGGGAGGGCCUGGGCACAGGAGGGGCGGCAGCGGCUGGCUCCUGCCCCACCCACUGU